AUGACGCCGCCGCAGCUCAUACACCUCCCCGACGGGCAGAUGUUCACCGUCUCGCCCGUCUUUGCCGGCGUGGGCUUCCGGAGCCACGGCCACGGCGCCCAUCACCACCCCUACCCCGUCGGCUGGACCGUUGUCCUGCACACCGACGAGGACGAGCUGGCGGCGGACGCGGCGGGCCGGGCCGCGGGGGGCAGCGGGGUGGAGGCGAUGCCGCCGGGGACCGAGACGGAGGAGGAGGAGGAGAGGCGGCGGCGGUCGCGGCCCUUCACCCUCCCGACACGCCGGGGUGACUCCCUCUUCAUCUCCUCCAUCGCCAACCCGCCCGCGUCCGAGUUCAAGCCCGCCGCCAGCCCGACGCGCCAGAUGGCCAUGCUGCUCUGGGUCACCCUGUACUGGUACUUUCACCACCCGCCGCCGCCGCCGCCGCCGCCGCCGUCCACCGCCGCCGCCGACUGGCGGGUCCGCGUGCGGCCCGACGGCGCCCUGCACGGCCGGGGGCUCCUCGCCAAGCUGGAGCGCAUGGGGCUGGUGGCCUGCGCCGACGCCGCCGUCGCCGCGCCCGACGCCGCCGCCACCGACGUCUUCGUCUCGCAGCCCAUGUUCUGGCAGAUCCCCGGCCGCCUCUUCCUCUACGCGCCCGAGCCCAUCCGCCCUCUGGCGCCCGACGCCUCGCCCGUCGCCGGCCCGUCGCCCGCGCCCGGCGGCCCCUUCACCUCGACCUCGCAUCUGCCGACCUACUACCCCCCGGCGCCGCUGCAGUACGUCGCCACCCACGGCGUGCGGCACCCGCUGCGGCCGCGCCCGCCGCGCAUGGGCGACGUGCUGUACUCGCGCUUCGUCCCCAGCGCCGGGCGCUAUCUCGCCUUCCGCGUCGCCUCGUCCUCGCCCGAGCCCGUGCCCUACCUCGGCCCCGUCGGCCCCGUCGCCGCCUCCGCCGCCCGUGGCCACGCCGCCCUCGUGGCCAUGAGCGACGUCGCCCUCCUCGAGGCCUGGCACGCCAACCCGCGCGUCGCCGAGUUCUGGGGCCCCUUUGUGCCCGGCAGCCUCGACCGCGCUCUGCAUGCGCCGCACUCGUUCCCCGUCAUCGGGCUGUGGGACGGCGUCCCGUUUGGCUACUUUGAGCUGUACUGGGCCAAGGAGGAUCUCCUGGGCCGCCACGUCGCCGGCGAGAUGGGCGACUGGGACCGCGGCGUGCACAUCAUGGUGGGCGAGGAGUGGGCUCGCGGAAAGGUCGCGCUCUGGCUCACCAGCCUGGUCCAUUGGUGUCUCACGGCCGACCUUCGCACAAUGAAUGUCUGCCUCGAGCCCCGCAUCGACAACCACAGGAUCCUUCGCCAUCUAGACGCCCUGGGCUUCGACAAGGAGAAGCAAGUCGCGUUGCCCCACAAGCAGGCGUGGUAUGUCCGGCUGCGGCGCGAGUGCUGGCAAGGCCCGGCUCUGUGA